GUUCUCCGCGCAGAUGACUGGAAAUAGGGAAUGAAGUGGCUUGCGGAGAAGAAUCUCCAUAUAUGUAUUGUAGGAAGGAUAUAUAUAAAUAAAUCUAAAAAGAAAAACAUUUGCCACGACAAACCCACCGAACUUGCCGAACGAAUAGCGGGAAGAUAUACUUUCGCCAUCCGCCAUUGUCGCCGUUACCAAGCAAAUUGUGGUCUUCUCCUUCCCGCUCCGCCAGCGAACACUGCAAGCAAAAGACCCUCGAGCGAGGAAAUCGCACUCAGAAAAACAAGCAAACAUGGCAAAAAUAGAGAUCCUCCUAACGCAAAAGAAAAACUCCCUCUCUUCUGUCGCGGGUUUCCCUUUCCGUUUGUUCUUUCCCCCACAUUCUCUGUGCACCGGCGAGAGGUAACUUCGAGAUUUCGACACGCCAGCAGGGCUGGAGAUAAAAGAUGAGCGUGAUCGACAUUAUCUUCCGAGUCGAUGAGAUCUGCAAGAGGUAUGACAAGUACGACAUCGAGAAGCAGCGGGAGCUCAAUGCCUACGGCGACGAUGUCUUCGCCCGCCUCUACGCCACCGUCGAGGCUGAUAUCGACGCCGCAAUGGGCAAAGCGGACAGGGCAGCAAAGGAGAGCAAAAGGGCUGUUACAGCUGCUCUGAAUGCAGAGAAUCGCAAGACCAAGGCUCGGUUGAUGGAUGAAGUCACCAAGCUCCAGAAGUUGGCUCGCAAGAAGGUGAAAGGGCUGUCCAAGGAAGAGCAGGCGAUUCGUGCUGAUCUAGUUCUCGCGCUGCCGGAGAGGAUUCAGGCCAUACCAGAUGGAACCACGACGGGGGCAGACCAGGGUGGAGGAUGGGGUGGUUCUGCAUCUCAUAAGAACAUCACUUUCGAUACUUCAGAAGAAAAUCUCAAUGAUGACUUCUUCCAACAGUCUGAGGAAUCUAGUCAGUUCAGACAAGAGCAUGAAAGGCGAAAACUGAAACAGGAUGAAGGUCUUGAUGUUAUAUCGGAUGGACUGGACACGCUAAAAAAUCUUGCACAUGAUAUGGGCGAGGAAUUGGACAGACAAGUUCCCUUAAUGGACGAGAUUGACACAAAGGUAGACAGAGCAAAUUCUGAGCUGAGGAAUACGAAUGUGAGGCUGAAGCAAACUAUAACUUCGCUGAGAUCAAGUCGCAACUUCUGCAUCGAUAUUAUUCUGCUAUGCGUAAUCCUGGGGAUCGCUUCUUACAUAUACAAUAUAUUGCAGGGCUGAAUCGCUUCUGGAGACUCUUGUAACACGAGCAUCGGUUUGGAUUAUUUAAAUUAUAUAUAGUCUUGCAUUGAUUACAAGCUCUCGAUCAGGCAAACUCAAAUGGUUUCUAAAGUUCACUGGUACUGGUAAUAUAUUAUUGUACUGUUCCUUUGAUCCUUAUCUGUCCCAUCCCUUUUCAACGGAGUCUCUUCUUCAUCAGUUCGCGUCAAAUGGACGAUCGAAGCAAGCAAGAGUAUUGUAA